UGCUAUCACAUAAUGUAGUACGCAUUCUUUUUCUGCUCGUUCUUCCUCUCUCUCUCUCUCUCUCGUUUAUCUUUCCUCGUCUCGCUUGAUAAGCGCACACUGAUAAGAAGCAAGUAUGACACUAAAAUGGAAUCUAUUGUCUCUGAAAAUUAUUGGAGCGAUGAGUAACGUCAUUCUCUUUCCACUAUCGGUCAACAAUUUGCUGUUUUGCGUUUGGCUGUCAAAGUGUGCCGCGAAUUUCGAGGUUAUGCGCGUUUCUAACACGGCGGUCGACUUGGAACAACAAUUAACGAUAAUAAAAAAGAUAGGAUAAAAUAAUCAUCGUAUAAUAAUAUUUCCUCAGUUUUAUUGACAUUGCAUACGUUGUCGAGUUUAAAUUACCUUAAUAAAUUAUGCGCGUCCUAGAAGCAGCCUCUACUCGAUAACCUUGAGACGCGAUCCGUUUGAGAUCUAAUGAGAAAAUCGCGCACCGUUUUUCAAGCAAAGAUCGUCACGGACGAGUGACAUGUCCCGCGUACGCGAUCAACGACGCGCGUAAUACUCAAUGCAUUAUUAUGCACCAUAAAUCUCCAUGUCGUUCUAAGAAAAUCUACUUGAGCUACUCGUACAUUUAGACGAGCAUUAUACAUUCUACAGAUAAAUUAAAAUAGAAUAUUCGAGGAGACAGCGGAACGUCUAUAUUUGCCAGGUCUUUUACAUAUUGAAUGAAUUAAUGAACAACUAUAUAUAUAUUCAUGUAGCAAAAUGCGAAAAUGUAUAUUGCUAAAGAAUAGACGCGGGCAUUUGUCGGAUGAAACGCAAGAGAAUAGCUGAUCUUGAGCGGAAAUAUUCGGAAGAACCGGAGAACCACGUGGAGGUCCUCCACUUUCCGCUGGAGGAUUCUUUCUCGCAGCAGUUUGUCACGUGUAAUCUCACGCGUUCACGUCGUGCUCGAGAGCGCGCCUGCUGUCGCGCCUUCGGUCGACUGAUGAAUCGCGCUCGAUGAAUUCCCGCGCGCCGCAAUGCCGUCGCAUUCUGCGACCACCGAUCGUCCGCGUCGCGUGUUCAAAGCAGCGCACAUGGAGUACCUGCUGCAAGCUCGCGGUCAUCAACGCAGCUCUUCAGAUACGCAGGCAUUUCGUGAGCGUACGAAGAGGGAUGCGCAGGCCGAACUUCAACGUGAGCUCGAGAAGCUGGAGGCGACCGCCCGCGAGGACAAGAGGGAGAUAAUGGGCCGACAGUUCGCUGGAUUCAAGCAUUUGUUUGAGAGAUUUCUACAGGAAGAGGGACCAUCCUUGGAGUGGGACCACAUUCAAAAAUUGCCCGAAGAUGCGGUAAAGGAUUACAACUCGUUGCUAUCACCGGAGACUCAGGAAAUAAAGGCGCUUCUAGAUAAAUUGAUCGUGGUUAAAUUAAACGGUGGUCUCGGAACAAGCAUGGGGUGCCACGGGCCGAAAUCCGUUAUUGCGGUGCGAAACGGCCUUACCUUCUUGGAUCUCACUGUUCAACAAAUCGAGCACUUAAAUAAAACGUAUAACGCCAACGUGCCACUCAUAUUGAUGAAUUCGUUCAACACGGACGACGAUACGCAACGGAUAAUCAGGAAAUAUAAAGGAAUUGAUAUAGACAUUUACACUUUCAAUCAGAGCUGUUAUCCACGCAUAAAUAGGGAUUCUUUGCUGCCAAUCGCUAAGCACUGCCAAAUUGAUGAGGACAUAGAAGCUUGGUAUCCACCUGGCCAUGGAGACUUUUACGAGAGUUUCCGGAAUUCUGGUUUGCUUAAAAAGUUUAUUCGAGAGGGCCGCGAAUAUUGUUUCAUCUCGAACAUAGAUAAUCUUGGUGCCACGGUGGACAUCAAAAUCUUGAAAUCAUUAUUAGGCAAGGAACCAGAGACGCCUCUCGAAUUUGUGAUGGAAGUAACUGACAAAACACGAGCGGACGUUAAGGGUGGUACACUCAUAAAGUACGAAGAUAAGCUUCGUCUCCUUGAAAUAGCCCAAGUUCCUAAAGACCAUGUCGAUGACUUUAAGUCGGUUAAGACGUUUAAAUACUUCAACACCAAUAACUUAUGGGUUAAACUUAGUGCCAUCGAAAGAGUACUCGAGCAAAAGGCGUUGAAUAUGGAAAUAAUUGUAAACAACAAAACCUUUCCGAAUGGUCUAAAUAUAAUACAGCUCGAAACAGCUGUAGGAGCUGCAAUGAAAUCGUUCGAAGGAAGUAUCGGUAUAAAUGUGCCACGUAGUAGAUUUCUACCAGUAAAAAAGACAUCCGAUCUGAUGCUCGUAAUGAGUAAUCUGUACACUUUGCGUAAUGGAUCUCUCGUAAUGAGCCCUCAACGAAUGUUUCCCACCACGCCUCUCAUUAAAUUGGGAGAUAAUCACUUCUCGAAGGUGAAAGAAUUUCUUACUAGAUUUCCGACAAUACCAGAUCUUCUUGAAUUGGAUCACUUGACAGUGUCGGGCGAUGUUACAUUUGGAAAAGGGGUAACGCUAAAAGGCACAGUCAUCAUAAUUGCCAAUCAUGGAGAGCGCAUAGACUUACCUUCCGGGACCGUUUUGGAAAAUAAAAUCGUGUCUGGCAAUUUACGUAUAUUAGAUCACUAAGUUGCAGCGGAAUUCACAGGGGAUAGUGUCUUGUCUCGCGGAGUUUGCGAGAAGUGUCUGAAGAAACAGCGAUUUGGCCAUCAUUGUACCAUAAAUUAACUAGUCAAGCAAUUAAAUUGUAUAUAUAUAUAAUGUAUUUUAAAGAAGGAAAUCAGAGAUAUUUCUAUAAAAAUUAUUUUGCAGAAUAUUGUACAUAUAAGAAUUUUAACGCGUCAAUCAAGCAUCACAAAAAGCAUCACGUAAGAAAUUUAUGAUGUAUAGAACAUGUAUGUUAUAUAACAUUGUUAUGUAUAAGCUAUUGAAGCUUAUAAAGCAUUGUAUUAUUAUUAUAUAUAUAUAUAUAUUAUGAUGAAUAGAUUCUAUCAAAUUUUA